AUGUCAGCGACAACAGAUACAGCGCCGACAGAGACAGCAUCGACUGACGAGCACAUCACUGACGUGUCAUCGGUGACGAAUCAGCCAGCACAGAGCUCGGCGCGCUCCGAGGCUGCUUCUGCUUCUGAUUCUGCUCCUGCUGCUGCUCCUGCUGCUGCAGUCGUAGCCGCGGCCGCCGCUCUUGAAUCAACCCCCUCAGCUGGACGCGACCACAUUGAACGCGAUGUCUCCAACAUCCUGGCUGAGCUCAACCAAGAGCAACUCGCCUCGAUCGUCGCCGCAGCACGGGCUUCUGAAGCGCGCACCGCUGACGGCACUACAUCGAGCGAAUCGUUUGCCCAAGGUGCCAACCUCCCGCCUGGAUUGGGUCAAGCAGCGAGUGCGUUGACGAGCAUCGCUGCUGGAUUCAAGCGCACUCCAGGAAACGACCGAACGAGUCUGGGCACGCCAACCAAAGCUUCCGCCGAUGCACCACCAUCAUCCGAGGAAGAUGUUAAACAACUCGACGUAGAUUCGGCGGUGAAAUCUGCCACGGAUACUGCUACUGCCGCAGCUCUCGCCAGUCUGGGCUCACUGGGUGCAUCACAACCGACGUCGACAACGUACAACAACGAUGCAGGCGACGAAUCAAUCGAGUACGACUCGCCUCCCAAUGGCGCAUCGCCGUCGCGCAGUCUGAAACGCGCACGGGGUCCUGAACUUGACCGUCAACGAAAGGACAACCACAAAGAAGUCGAACGUCGUCGUCGAUCAGCCAUCAACGACGGCAUCGUCCAACUGUCUCACAUUGUGCCCGGCUGCGAUGCCAAAAACACCAACAAGGGCGCCAUCAUUCAUGCCGCAGUAAGGUACAUUCAGGAUCUGAAACACAACGAAGCGAGCAACAUCGAAAAAUGGACUCUGGAAAAGUUGCUCAUGGAUCAGGCAAUGGGCGAUCUGACCGCGCAAUUGGACGAGGCAACCGCCCAGAUCGAAAGACUGAGGCACGAGCUGGACGAGCGCUCCGCUGGUCCGCAUCCGCAAGAUGCUGCCCCAAACACCUAG